AUGGAACAUAAAAUAAGGCUAACGGAAUGUAUAGAUGUUGAUGGUAAUGGAGUAAGAGUAGUUACACCACCUCGCUUGAACAAUAAAAUCACAUUAUCCUGUACGGAAAAUACCAAUCGAUGGGUAUUCUAUGGUACAAGACCUGAUAUUCUUGACUGGUUGAAGAACCAUGGCGAUAUCCAGUUAGAGAAUGCUAUUUUCUCCUCAGGAAGACCUACAUCUUUCAAUACACAUACGGAACUAGUGAUUGAUUUAUUAACGUAUUCUGAUCCAGAUCAAUCCGUGCUAAGUUAUUUCAAAUCAUUUGUUCAAACUGAUUUUCAAAAUGAAAAAGUCAAGGUUGAGAUUCGACCAAGGAUUGAAAGUAAAGAUCAAAUGAUUAAUACGUUGUGUCGUGUGAUUGUUAAAAGCGGUGUUCUGUUUGGGGACAUACUGAAUACUUUAAAUCAAGAAUGGUAUCAACCAACACCUACUUAUCUACAACAGGCAAAUGACUUGUUGAAUGAUUGUCCUGGCCCUAUUCAUAUUUCAAGCACGGAUGCGCCAAUCAACAUUCAAGUGAAUAAAUAA